GAUUACAUAACACUACUGUAGUUUAAGAUAGUUUAUUUUCACUAUUUGAUUUCGAUGUCAAAGGAAGAAAUUAAAUUUUAGAAAAAUAUUCGUCAAAGUUUCGAAAUUAACGAUUUAUUUUUAAAGCAUUUAUGAUGAAGAAUAGUUCUUUUUAAUAGAUUAAACUUUUGAAUAUUGUGGUUGCCUUUACUAGUCGUUUUGUGUUUGUAAGAAUUAAUUCGGGGCGCAAUUCGUGUGUACUACAAUGAGCAGUCACCUAACGGUCAACACUGGACUAAACGGGGGCGUCAAAAACGGAGAGGCUCCUGUAUCACCGGGCACCCCCACCUCUCCGUCCCGAGGCGGGAUCCUGAAGGGCGCCCCGCCCGCCGUCAACGGUAAAAUCAGCACCAACCCGAACGGGAAUUCCCUGUCCUGGCACGGCAAGGAGCACGAGCUGGAGCACCACGGCGCACGGCAUGUGCGGCACAGCAUCAUCUCCAUAGACUCGUCCAUAGGGGAGACCCCGGAACAAAUCCAGAACUUGCCGGGGUGGAUGAGAUGCCAGAGGAGGUUGUCUACCCUGCUCCACACCCACGUGGUGAUGAUUGUCGUCUGCACCUUGGCUGCACUCGACGCCGUCUGCGUUAUCGGUCAGCUCAUCUGCGAUAUCCUCAUCAUGAAAGAAAAAUUAACCUACUAUGAAGACCUGGACGACAAAAUGACCGCAGUACUGAUGGAGUUCCUGCCGUGUCUGAACAACUCCUUACACCCCAAGUGGAACCUCGACGCCAUCAACGACGUGUUGCUAGGCAACGACGUGCACUUCCAGUCCGAUAAACUGUCGCCGCACAACUGCACGUCUGUCAGCUCGAUGUUUACAAUUCCUGUGUCAGCAAGUGGCCACAGAUCCAAGAGGGCCAUAGAGCCGAAGGUGCCUGGCCAUGAGGUGGACCACGGCAUGCUCUACACGAUGACCCACAUCUUCCACCUGGGCAGUCUGGCCAUCUUGUCGGCACUGCUACUUGAGACUUUCCUCAAAGUUUUCGCUAUGGGCAAGAAGCUGAAGCACCACAAACUUGAGGUAUUCGACGCCAUUGUUGUCACCGUUUCCUGGUGUCUGGAUGUUGGUUUCUGGGAAGGUAUUUGGGCACAUCCGGGUACUGAAGCAGCGACCAUCUUGAUUAUUCUGUUGCCAUGGAGAGUUGUCAGGAUAGUCAACAGUUUUGUGUUGGUCAUCCAGGAGAAGGACCACGUGGAGCUGAAGAUCGUCAAACAAAGGCUGCGUCAGUCCAUCAAGAAAAACAAGGAGUCCCUCGAGAAAACGGUGUCCUAUAAGCACGAGGUGAAGGCUCUGGCUGGGCUGUGUAGAAAGAUGGGCGCAUCAGAGUCGGACAUUGCGGCUUGUUCACCAACAGGUAAAGCAGCACGCCGUGGCAGCCUUCACUCCGUUCUGGAACGGGCCGCGUCCCUGACCCUGAUCUCCACCAUGUCCAGCAUGGGCAGUGUGCCCAGCCUAUUCGACAUGGGGGACAUUGACUCAGACGAGGAAAACGACAAUAGUGGCCACGAGAACCUGGGUAGGAAGGCGAGUCACAACACGACGCUAGACUCCACUAGCGAUGUCUUCUCGCUGGAGAACGAAGACGGUAACGGCAUCGAUAACCGUGGCUUUGACAGGAGGAGCAGCUCAGUGUCCAGCAAGGAAUCUGAGGUCAUUCUGGGCGUCCAGCCACACAUGAGGACAGACGCCGUUCGUAAGGACAGCAGUGACAGUCUCCCGCCCAGUUUCCUGGCCGCGGCCACACGUAAAGGCAGUAUCACUCGUCUCUAGAGACCAGUCCUCUAGUGAAUGACGCUCUGACGGAAGAAUUAAACUGAUGUAAACACGUAAAACCUCAAUGAAACAACGAAGCUCUAUAAAAUGAAGACAAAGUCUACUACAAAGCAAACAUUGAAAGCCACUAUAAACGAAGAAAGUUGGAUCGAAUGAACAUCAACGAGUGAAUAUUAAGCCUUUACAUAAUGUCUUUCACAUAAUAUUUCGAUUUGACUGUAACAUUCCCUGGCAACUAACUCAAAUAACUCUUUAAAAUGAUGUUUCUAAUUUAACUUUGGAAAUUUCAAAUAUGAAAAAAAAAGAUAAACAUUAGUUAAAAGUACACAACGAUUUUCGUUUUAAACUAGUAAAAGUAAAUUCUACAUUUUUUUAAAAUUUAACUCUAGCAACGGUUCAUCAAAUACAAAGUGUUUUACAAUACUUUUGAAAAUAUUUUUUUGAAUGCUCAAUAAUAUUUUAGACGUUACAAUUUACAUUGAAGAAUCACAUUUUUAAUCCGAAUUGUAACGGAAUUAUUACCCACGUAUGAUGUACCAUGUAUUGUUAUAAUGUUGCGGUAUUCUGUAUAUUCCCCGUAUGGACCUAACUAAAAAAAUACCAUGUCAAAGCCAGUUUAUAUGUUAAAUAAAUAAACAUUGUGCUUUGUAAAAAGAUGAAUAGAUCAGUUUACCGGAGACCUGUACUCUAUUUAAAACAUGUAAUGGUGGCAUUAAAUCCCUGCUUAAAGUAAUACAAUAUACAAUUUAAACGGGUGUUUUCAUCGCGAAUAUAACUUUACUGAUUAUUGUGUGGGAGAAAUGUAGUGUGUAAAGAGGAUGAAUCUUAUAAAUAUAAGUUGUAUAAUUAUUUUAUCGAUUAUUUUUUUU